AUGUGUAACCCAAACACCACCUCCACCACCGCGGCUGUGAUCGAGAAACCGGCACAACCACCCAAGUUGUAUUGGGCUCUGUUAUCUGUGUCCAACACCAUAAAAGAAGUGCAAAAAAACCCAAAACCAGACGACCCAGAAAAACAAAGGCAGCAAUUCACAUACCCAACAACACUCCCAGAUAUAAUCAUCAAAGAAACGAAAUCCCUCUUCAACCUCUCCUUCCCCAUCGCUCUCACUGCUCUCCUAGUCUACUCACGCUCCAUCAUUUCCAUGCUCUUCCUAGGCCACCUAGGCGAUAUGGAGCUCGCUGCCGGCUCUCUCGCCAUAGCUUUCGCCAACAUCACUGGCUACUCCAUUCUCUCUGGCCUUGCCCUCGGCAUGGAACCUCUCUGUGCCCAAGCCUUCGGUGCCCAACGCCCCAAACUCCUCUCACUCACCCUCCACCGUUCCAUAAUCUUCCUUCUCUUCUCUUCCCUCCCCAUCUCCUUCCUCUGGUUCAACAUCUCUAGAAUUCUCCUCUACCUCCACCAAGACCCCAAUAUCACACGUAUCGCCCACACGUACCUCAUUUGCUCUCUCCCUGACCUUCUCACUAACUCUUUCCUCCAUCCAAUCCGCAUUUAUCUUCGCUCCCAAGGCAUCACCCAUCCGCUCACGUUAGCCUCCUGCGCCGGCUCCAUCCUUCAUAUACCCGCCAACCUUCUUCUCGUCUCCCACCUCCGGUUAGGUGUCACCGGCGUCGCCGCUGCUUCCGCCGCCUCCAAUUUCUUCGCGCUCUUAUUCCUCUUGUCCUACGUGUGGGCAGCUAAGUUGCACGUGCCCACCACAUGGGAUUACCCGAGCCUAGAGUGCUUGACUGGCUGGGAGCCACUUCUCCGGCUCGCCGCGCCUAGCUGCGUCUCUGUAUGCCUCGAGUGGUGGUGGUACGAGAUCAUGAUCGUGCUUUGUGGUCUCCUCGCGAAUCCAACGGCUACGGUGGCUUCUAUGGGUGUCCUCAUUCAAACAACGGCUUUGAUUUACGUGUUCCCAUCCUCUCUAGGGUUUGCCGUGUCGACACGUGUUGGGAAUGAGCUUGGGGCCAACCGUCCAGACAGGGCUAAGGCAUCAGCGUUCGUUGCUGUAUUACUAGCGGCUCUGAUGGGUUUAUCAGCAAUGUUGUUCGCAUCAGGGAUGAAAGAUAAGUGGGGCCAUAUGUUUACUGCAGAUGGGGAGAUCCUACGGCUGACGUCUUCUGUACUUCCAAUCCUAGGGUUGUGCGAACUCGGGAACUGUCCACAGACGGUGGGAUGUGGAGUACUGAGAGGGAGUGCGCGACCCAGCACAGCGGCUAACGUUAACGUCGGCGCAUUUUAUCUGGUCGGAAUGCCCGUGGCAGUUGGGCUUGGGAUUUGGCUUGGGGUUGGGUUUUGUGGGCUUUGGAUUGGAUUGCUCUCGGCCCAGGUGUGCUGUGCUGGGCUAAUGUUGUAUGUUGUGGGGACCACCGAUUGGGAAGCCCAAGCCCGAAGAGCUCAAUUACUAACCUGCGAAGAAUGCGUAGAAAAUCAUGGGAGUGAGGAGAAGGAGCCCUUGAUCUCAAUUAAGGUCACUCAAAUCUAAAAAAUAUUUCUCUUUUAUUUAAGAAAAAAAAUGGGAUAUAAGAAGAUCAAGCACAUGUAAUUACUUCUUUUUUUCUUUUUUC